GCUAGAUAGAUAACAUUAAAGAGGUAGAAACAACACUCAAAUACAAAUAGAUCACGCUUCUCAGAUUUCAGGUCAAAGACCUGGUCAAGCAUAUGGAGUCGGAGUUGUUGCUCCUAAAGCGUAGCUUUGAGAGACUGGACCGCCAAUACCGAUGUGCGGAGGAGAAAAUUGGCGAGUUUCGCGAUAGGCUUCGUGAGACUCGCAAUGAGCUGGUUCAGAAAGACAAGCAGCUUGAAGCGACAAGGAGGCUGCUGGCGAAGAUGGGUCAAGAAAAGUCGGAGCUUGCGAUUGUCGCGGAGCAGAACCGCGACCUCACUCGCAAGCUCGGCGCGAAGCUGUCCCUAACCGCCGACGCCCCUGAACUCCAAGCAAAGCUGCAACGCUACAAGCGUAAGGUUGCUGAGCUGGCUGCCCAGCUGGCGGAGGCGCAGACGCGACUGCUGAUGGCGGAGGAGGCGGCGCGCGCGCAGGCGUCGGAGGUGGGCGUGCUGAAGCGGGCUGCGGGGCUGCGCAGCGACCUGGCGGAGCUGGGAGGGGGAGGAGGAAGCUAUGAGGGGCAGACGCAGCUGCUGCAGGCGCUAGCAAAGAGCCAGGAGGAGGGCGCCAGUCUGGCAGCCCAGCUGGCGGACAGCGGCCGCAGGGUGGCGUGUCUGGAGCAGCAGCUGAGCCACCUGCAGGGCGAGGUGGACCGGCUGGUGGGGGCGCGGGUGGCGGCGGAGGAGGCGCUCAUGGCGGCGCGGAAGGAGGCGGCGGAGGCGCAUGGCAGGGCGGCGGCGCUGCAGAUGGAUGUAGACGAGCUGCAGACGCAGCUGCGCAGGAACAACGCGCACCUGGAGGAGGUGCUCACCGCCCGGCGCAGCUCCGAGGAGGCUGCUGACAAGCUGGCCUCCAAGGUGCGGGCGCUGAAGGACAAGCUGGCGGCGGAGCAGCGGGCGGGCAGGGUGCAGGUGGAGUCGCUGCAGUCGGAGCUGCGCGAGGCCACGCAGCGGGCGGAGCAGCAGGCGGCGGAGGCGGCGCAGGCGGCGUCAUCAGCUGCGGCGCGGGAGGACUCGCUGCAGGCGCAACUGGAGGCGGCGAUGCGGCAGCUGCAGGAAAUGGAGGCUCGUGUCACCCAGACUGCUCGCGAGCAGGAGGUGGAAGUGCUGCGGCUGCAGAGCCGCACCGGGGCGCUGGAGGCCUCCCUGGAGGGCAGCAAGCUGCGGGAGGGCAGUUUGGAGCGGGAGGCGGGGGCGCUGCGGGAGGAGGUGGAGCGGCUGACGCGCAGGAGCCAGGAGCUGGCGGCCAGCCUGUCAGCUGCGCGGAGUGAGGCGGAGGCGUUUGCGGAGCGGGCGGAGGAGGCGGCAGCGCUGAGUGAGAAGGAGCGGAGGCUGCGCAUGCAGGUCCAGGGCGCCCUGGAGUCCACCUCUAGUCGCGGCGCGGUGCGUGAGGAGCAGCUGGCGGGGGAGGCGCAGCGGCUGCGGGGCGAGCUGGCGGCUGCGGGGCUGGCCAAUGAGCGACUGCAGGGGGAGAUCAAGCUGCUUCAGGAGCAGCAGUCCGACUCCGCCGCCCGCCACGCCACCAGCGAGCGGCACAUCGAGGAGCUGCACGCCACCAUCCACUCCCUCACCAAGUCCAAAACCAAACUGCAGAACACCAUGCUGGAGCAGCUCGCGCUCUUCAAGGCCAAGCUGCAACAGGUGGAGCAGGAGAACCUGGGGCUGCGGAACGCGCUGGCGGCGUCCGCGACCGCCGCCCUAACCUCACCCGUCAAGACCGGCUCCUCCGGUGCUGCUGCUGGGGGUGCUGGGAGCCAGGGGAGCAAGGAGGGCAAUAAGGACAAGGGCGAGCACAAGCCGGCCUUGCCGGCGGCCUCCCCCGGCACCACCCACGACCGCCACCGGCAGCCCCACCACACCACCCACACCCACCACCGUGUGCAUCAUCAUCAUCAGCAUGGUGAGCAGGCCACCGCGCCCUCCUCCAUGGGCGCCGCCCCUGCCAUGAGCACCAGUGGGCUCAGCGGCAUCAGCGGCCUGAGUGCCAGCGUGAGUGCGGCCCUGGGGGGCGGCAUGAUGCGGGGCUCAUCCGCUGCUAAGAGCCCUGCUCGUGGCGCUGCU